GCUUGACAACGCAUUCGCCAAUGACGGUGGUGUUUGUUUUGAAGCCAGAAAGACGUCCACUUAAAAAAAAUCUAAUUUUGUGAAUGUGGGGUCAACUGUACCACAGUGAGUAGAAUUAUCCAAGUGGCUUGGCAUUCACUGUCAAGAACUAGACGGAGAAAAUCAUUGUACACUAGCAUUGUCGGAUUCGCAUAGAGUUGGCUGUGCUGGCACUAAGGCAGGCUAAUCAAGUCAAGAUUCUGUUCCAGUGAGUGCAGCCUCCGGUCGGUCAGGUCUGUCAUCUCGCGGAUGACCUCCAAAAGCGGAUGAUGCUUUGUUGACAUGGGAGACUGGUGGACGACAGCAACCAUAGAGCCAUCAAUAGAAAACCAUGAGAUCUCCAGCAUAUCAAGAAUGACGAUGUCCCCCUCGAGGCAUCAUAACAACCUUCCUACAAUGCACUCCUCCACCAUGACACUGUCCAAGAGCUCCUACAAUGUGUUAAGUGCCUUCUGCACUGAGGAGAAUGUUCCCCAGUGUACCUCAUACAUCAAUCAGGAGAUGGACUCUCUGGGUUUCUCCUCUGCCUGUAUUGAGGCCAGCUCACCAGAGGGAAGCUGGGGGCUGAACACGGUGCCAGCCCUGAACAUGAUGUAUGAGCUGCUCCAGAUGCACCGCCGCAGCCAGCGCAGCCUGCAGGAGCAGGAGACCGAGCAGCUGAAGAGCUCCAGUGCCCUGGAACACCUGCAGAUUACCAACUCCAGACUCAAGGAUCAGCUGGAGCUCCACAAAAGAGAGAAGUCAGGACUGCUUGAGACAGAGAGGCAGCUGCAACUCAAAAACAAGACUCUGCUGAACUGCCUGAAAACAGAAAAAGAUGAGGUGCAGAAGCUCCAGAGCAUCAUCGCCAGCAGAGCCUCUCAGUACAGCCAUGAUGCCAAGAGGAAGGAGAGGGAGAGCACCAAGCUCAAAGAACGCCUCAACCAGCUACUGGUGGACAAGAGGGAUAAGAAACUAGCGAUUGAUGUAUUGAACUACUUGGGACGGGCUGAUGGGAAGAGAAGCCAAUGGAAGACUGGAAAGGUGGAGGCCAGACAUGAGGGGGAGAUGUACAAGUCCCUGCUGAGUGACUACGAGGGUCGUCAGAGGGCUCUGAUGCUGGAGAAUGUUGAGCUAAAGAAGGUGCUGCAGCAGAUGAAGCGGGAGAUGGUGUCCAUUCUUAGUCCUAGGAAAUCCUGCUCCAGAGGAGACCGUGCGGAAGACAGCCUGGAACGGGCCAGCUCGGACAGAGAGGAGGUUGGUGACUGUAGUAAGGAGACCCUGGAUCAGUCAUGUGAUCAUGCUAGGGACCAGUCCUGUGAGCAUGCCCGGGAGCAGCUGACCAAUAGCAUCCGACAGCAGUGGAGGAGAUUAAAGAGCCACAUGGAGAAACUGGACAGCCAGGCCUCCCUGGUACAGCAGAGCCAGCAGUGUGCUGGUAAAGAGCUGGUCCCCAGACAGAUCCACGAGGAGGAGAUGGAGAGGAUGAGACUGGAGGUCCAGCAGUGUAAAGACUUCAUCCAGACCCAGCAACAACUCCUACAGCAGCAGCUCAACUCUCCCUGCUAUGAUGAUGAGACUGCUGCUCUGCUGAAUGACUGCUACACUCUGGAAGAGAAGGAGCGUCUCAAAGAGGAGUGGAGGCUCUUUGACGAGCAGAGGAGGAACUUUGAGAGGGAGAGACAUAACUUUACUGACGCUGCCAUUCGCCUYGGUCAUGAGAAAAAGGCUUUUGAGGAAGACCGCGCCUUGUGGCUCAAGAAUCAAUUCUUGAACAUGACUUCGUUCGUGGACCACAAAAGACAUUCCACGUCAGAAACUCCUCGUGCCUUGUCAGUCAGUAGUGAACCAGAGAUGAGGAUCCCCUCCACCCCUGCCAUGCUGACCAAAUCCCGGACGUACACUGCGUUCUCAACUCCUAAAGCUGCCUCUGAUGCAGGCAUGCCCUCCACAGCUGAUCUCUACCGUACAUUAUGCCUCAUACCAGACAGGAGCUCCUCUUCUGUAGGCAGUUCAAAACAAGGGCGCUGGCAGGAGUCCAACACCAUCCACAGUAGAGAAGACACUUCGGUCAGGUCAAAGCACAGACAUGGAGAUGGAGACUGCUGCAGUAUCUUCUCUUUAGGGUCAGAGGAAAACCGCCUCAACUGAAGACACACUAGUACCAUUGUGUUACUGUGGACUCAACAGACAACUCGGAUGACAAUCCAUGGCAGUGUUCAUUAGGCACCAAACAGAAGAAAAUGGACUGAAACGGGGAAAGAAUACCUGGAUUUGUMCAAUAAGAUGCACUUGUUUUUUUAAAUUUCUGUUGCAAAACAUUUUCUGUUGCAUGCCCUAAUGAACAUGACCCAUGUUUCAACGCCACCACUGCCUCAGGAUGCCACGGAGACCUAUUUUUGUGCAACUCAUGUUGCUUGAUCAUGGACUAAUACUGAACAGUAGCACAUUGUCGUUCACCAAAACUUGAUUCAUUCAGAGAGCACUUUAUUGGACAUGCCAAUGUUUUUUCUUUCUCUUCUAUAUACAUUUUUAUUAAGCAAAGCAUAUCCAAGUCUCUAAGCUUUGCCAAGUGGCAGCCAAACUUUAAUUUGGGUAAAUUGGCUUCUGUAUCACUAGAAAUGUUUUCCAAUUUGGGAAAAGAUAUCAAUAGGCUACUGACUAACCAUGAGAAUGUUUACACAUUGUUUUCACUCCAGAUAUAUUAUGAAUAGUUUAAUGAACUUUAUUCUAAAUGUUUAAAAUGAAGCGCUAACAUAUAUGCUGCUCUGAAAUUGCAAUAAACGUAUUUAAYUUUUAAUCUA